UCUCGGGCACCAGGACCGAGAGAGAGGCCCAGAGAGGCAGGAAGACUUGGCAAAGGAGUGCCAGGGAAGAUAAGGAGGCCGAGCCGCUGAGGGGGACGGGAAGGAGGGGGCCAGGAGGAGGGGGAGCCGACUGGAGCCUGGUGCCUGGUGCCUGGUGCACCCUGCCGUGCCCCUCCAUGCAGUUUCCCAUGGGCCCCGCCUGCAUCUUCUUGAGGAAAGGCAUCGCUGAGAAACAGCGGGAAAGACCCCUGGGACAAGAUGAGAUCGAAGAGCUUCAGGAAGCAUUUCUUGAGUUUGACAAGGACAGAGAUGGGUUCAUCUCCUGUAAGGAUUUGGGGAAUCUCAUGAGGACGAUGGGUUACAUGCCCACGGAGAUGGAGCUGACUGAACUGGGCCAGCAAAUCCGCAUGAACUUGGGUGGCCGUGUCGACUUUGACGAUUUUGUGGAGCUCAUGACUCCCAAACUGCUUGCAGAAACAGCAGGGAUGAUCGGUAUCCAGGAGAUGAGAGACGCCUUCAAGGAAUUUGACACCAACGGAGACGGGGAGAUCACCCUCGGGGAGCUGCAGCAGGCCAUGCAGAGGCUCCUGGGAGAGAAGCUCACGCCCCGAGAGAUCUCGGAGGUUGUGCAGGAGGCCGACGUGAACGGAGACGGUACCGUCGACUUUGAAGAGUUUGUGAAGAUGAUGUCUCGCUGAGGAAGUUCCGGAAGCCCCAUUCACUCCCCACCUGGCCAACGUGGAUCAAGCACUUGC